AGUUUCUCUUUAUUUCUAGAGUUUCACGAUGGUUAAAGAGGUGAUAUUUCCAUCACAAGUCUACUUAAGAGAGCUAAAUACAUUCAAAGAGCAGCUGGAAAAGCUGGAAACUGAAUUUUCUAGACUACAAGGAAUACUGCAGAAGAGUGGAAUUACAACUUUGUCUUCAGAAAGCUCUCACUGUCAGAAGUGCAGUAAAACAGUUCUGGGUGCUCCUGUAGAAGUGCAGCCGGAACCUCCAUCAUCAGUUCCUGGGCCUCCUGCAGUGCAGCUGCAGCCCACAGCUGUGCCGCCGCCACCACCUCCUCCUCCUCCUCUUCCUCCUCCUCCUCCUCCACUGCCACCACCAAAACUGCCUGCAGCACCUCUCCUCCUCAAACGUGGCAACGGCUCUAAAGCACUUCUGGAGCCAUCGGUAAAACAAGAUGCACCGAUGCACAUCACUCUCAAAGAUCUCCUGAAUGUAAAGCUAAGGAAGACAGACAGCAGGCUGAGAACAGACAAGGCAGGAUCCCGAGAGAGGACACGCAGGGCAUUAAUUACGGUCUCUGAUUUACAGAGUGUUAAUCUGAGAUCCAAAUCCAAGCCAUCAGCUCACAUUACAAGCUCCUUAACUAGUACUCCACCUAAAAAUCAGAUAGAUCUUCGGAAACAUCUUAAGAAAGUCAAUAUACAAAGAAGUCCUGGUGGCACUCCACUAAAUAAAGAAAACACUGAAUGUGGGAGUGGGCUGACACCAAUUAUGACACAGGCACUACGGCGCAAAUUCCAGAUGGCACAUCCGAAGAGCCCCUCACCGGCCCCGCUGAGCACUGCCAGCAGCUUUGAUGAGCACAAGUAAGGUUUACACAGCAAUGUCUUGUCAUUUAUGGACAGGGAGCUGCUUGGAUCACGUUUUAAUGUCACUGAGGCACAAUGAAUGUGUGUGAGUGCAUUUAGGAAGGGGACAUUCUGAAAACACUUUAUCCAAAGUCUGCCCUUUUCAAAGGCAACAUCUUUCCACUGCGUCUCAAUCUGGUGUUGUAUCUUGUAAGACAAAAUGAGGUUUUCUCAGUAUUUUAAUACCUGGCUGCUGCUGAAACAGGGACUGUUGUGUUCCUGGUGCUGAUUCUGCUUGUAAUAUACAUGUGUUUGUUUAUGGAAAUUCAGUAUUUUUUUAUAACAAGACUGAUCUUGACAGCAAUUGCACAAAUUCCAAGCAAAGCACCAGUUAUGCCUUCUGGUGCUCUUGAAGUGAACGUUUACAGUCUUCCACAAACAAUUACAUGGUUAAAAGCACA